AUGGCGCCGAAGAAAAUCGUCGAGGGUUUGGGACACUGCUUAGCCUGCAACAACUACACACGCACCAGGUGUCGACUGCAAGAGCUCAAAGGAAACCCCUGCCCUACAGAUGCAGAGCAGGAGGAUUUGAUGGAGUUAGCGAAAGAGCAGGGAUGGCAGGCCUAUUAUCGACGCAAUAACAUGAUCGAUCUAAACUUUGGUUGCAAUCAUAUGACGUGCGCAUGCAAAGCUGAGUUUUGCUACGUGUGCGACAAGAUCUGGAAGAAUUGCACUUGUCCACAAUUUCACGAUGACUACCACGAGGAGCUCCGCGACGACGCUGAUGGGUUGGCUGAUAGGGUGGUGAUUGGCUACUUACCAGGAUAUCGCCGUCGCAAUGUUUUCAGAGCUGAACGGGCAGUCGAGCGGUAUGCCAAAAACCUGAGGCAGACCUGGGGGAGGCCAGAUCCACGUUCACGGGAAGAGCGAAAUCAAGAAGUGCGCGAUGAGGUGGAGAACGGAUGCGACAAUGGCUAUUGGCAGCUCGUUCGGAUGAUAAAAGAUGAGCCAGGGCACUGCAAGCUUUGCAGAUACGUUGGCCACACGUACAUCUGGCAAUGCCUUUUUUGUCCCCUCACCUCGUGCUGGGCAUGCCACACCGACGCGCCUCCUGAAUAUAGACGGGAGAAGCCGCAGCAGGCGUGA